GGCUGCGGUAUUUUACUUCAAUGAGUUUCAAUUACUGCUGCUGAAGACAUUUUUCCUGAUACUUCUCUUUACACUGUUAUUGAUUUUCAUUUCGUGGCGAGUGUACGGAAAACGUAUAUGCGAGAGGUUUAUGAAGCCGGCAACUUCAGCAACAAUUGAACAAUUGAAAGAAAGUGUAUCUAAACUUAAACUGCCUAAGGAACAUACUCCAAGGAUUUAACAUGGCGGAUAAAAUUAAAAAGUUUUUUCAAAAGAAGAAGGUGGAUGCCAAAUUCAAGAUGGCUGGGCCUGGGCACAAGCUGAGCGAGUCCGCUAUCAGCAGUCAGUCCUCGGUAACCUCAAAGAGGGAGCAACCAAUGGGGUCAAAGCGCUCUGGGCCGACUGAGGAGAGUAAGGUGGCCGCUGAAGCGGCACUCGCUCGGCUCCACCAGAAGAGAGAGAACCCUAAGUUCAACACUUCACUUGCCGCCAUACAGGCUCAGGUUAAGAAAGAACUAGAAAACGAAAGAGCACAGGCAUCCACCUCAGCACCCAACACAGACACCAAAGAGAGGGAACAGGAAAUGGACCUGCCUAGAAAUUUUGCUGCCGCUGGUGUAUAUUUCAAAUGUCCAAUAAUAAGCAAUGAUAUCCUACCAAGAGACGAGUGGAAGAAGAACAUCAAGAGUUUUCUCUAUGAGCAGCUGGAAGAAGAGAGAGGACUGACUGCCUGUCUCAUCAUACAAUCAUGCAACAGUAACAGAGAAAAGGUGGACACGUGUGUGGAGACGCUAUGCAAGUAUCUAGAAAACAUUGUCACUUAUCCCGAAGAGGAGAAGUAUCAGAAGAUUAGAAUGUCUAACAGGGCGUUCUGCGAGCGAGUACAACCCAUAGAAGGAGCGAUGGAGCUGCUUCUAGCAGCAGGGUUCACACAACAAAAGAUUGCCAACGCAGAGGGCGUCGAUGAGGAUUACUUAGUCUUCGACGCCGCUAACGUGCCUUCUAUUGAGAGUUUGACCUCACUGAUAGAGGCACUGAGAACAGCAGAGCCUAUUCAACUGGAGUUAGACAGGAACCUUCAAGUGCUGCUGCCUUCACAAGCCGCUGCCAAGAUGCAACUACCGCCAUCCUUCUACGCGCUAUCGCCUGAGGAGAUCAAACGAGAACAACAAUUAAGGAUCGAAGCGGCGGAAAGGAGUCAAAUGCUGCGCACUAAGGCGAUGAGAGAGAAGGAUGAACUGAGAGAGAUGCGCAAAUACAAAUUCGCCAUUAUUAGAGUACGCUUCCCAGACGGAAUAUUGUUACAGGGAACAUUCUCCGUAUACGAACGCUACAAUGAAAUCCACGAGUUUGUUCAAGAGAACCUCGAACACAGCUAUCUACCGUUCGUACUUAACACCCCAACAGGACACAAACUUAUUCCAGAAGAAGACGGAAAUAAGACACUAAUUGACCUUAGAUUAGUACCAGCAACAGUGCUCACAUUCGCUUGGCACUCGUCUGUGAUAGAACAGAUCAAUAGCAGUCCAAAUAAAGAUGUAUUUUUGAAGCCAGAAGUGAUGGUCUUAGUACAAGAGGUAUAAAGACUUUCACUUUAUUAAAAGGUUGAUUUUUGUUUGCAAGAAUAAAAGUUGAUUACUUGUUGACGCAUUGGUCGAAGCCCGCGAUAUUUGUCGCGUCUAUGUCGGUAAUGUAAGGCUAGUCGCACUUUAAGUACGAGUUUUACUGGUCUAUGACGUCAAACUCGCAUCCAGUGUGCGCGCUCCUAUAGUACUUGGAAGGUUGGGACUUUAAGCCGUAUGCACUGUAUGACUGCGACCUUAAUAUGCUAGAGUUCACCUCCAAGCUCUUAAGGUUAGGAUUGCUACUGCGCGUUCGUACGGAAAAACAAGUCUAUAUCAUAUGAAAACGUGUCCAAAGUGCGGCAGGCCUAACUCAUUAUGUUAAAAUACGGAUGUUCCAUCAACUAACCAUUAGGCACCUAAUACAAUGCGUGUUUCUGAAAGCACAUUACUACUUACUGAUAUAAGUAAGUAGUCGGCGAAUUAACUCCACCCACUCCAUUCCAUCUACGGACGACUAGAUGUCGGCAGGCAUUUCAUCCUUAUGUUGUGGAUAUGUCGUGGCCAGAUCAUAGAAUUGAUCAUUUCAUGAUGUGCUCGAUCAUUUCAUGAUGUGAUCGAUCAUUUCAUGAUGUGCUCGAUCAUUUCAUGAAAUGGUCACAUUUCAUGAAAUAGAAUAUCAUUCGUUGGCCACAUCAUGAUGUAGUUUGGCCAGAUCAAUGAACACAAAACGUUUGACGAUAUGAGCAACUAAAUGCAUGAUUACUUCAUGAUAUGGCCAAACGUUGGCAAUCAUAUCGUAAAAUUAGUAACAUUAUCCACCGAUAGUGGUGCUGGUGUCGAUUAUAUUUAAAACUUGAUUGAUAUUAUAAUCGACGAAUCAAUGUUAUUGUUCAAUUUUCCAUAUCGAAUAGGUACAUAAUUUUGAACUUAAGAAAUUAAUCGACUAUUCGCAUUUUUAUUACACCACAUAGCAUGGACACCGCCUACAUUAACAAUAUGGCCAAACGUUGAUUGAUAUAUCAUUAAACGUUGACGUUUCAACGAUUUGGUUAACUUAAGUUGGCCAUUUCAUGAAACAUGACCAUUUCAUGAAAUGGUCGACCACAUCAUGAAGUGAUCAAUUUUACGAUCUGGCCACGACAGAUAUACCAUGCGCGUUUUGCCUCUUCCAUUUUGAUGCGAACAGCAACUGGAACUGUCUGCCGUCGUCUGUUUUUCCAACUCGUCAUAAUCUGAGAGCCUUCAAGGCUGGAGUGAAUAGGAAUUUGCUAGAUAAGCGUGAUCCACCUUAGACCACAUCGUCACUUACCAUCAGGUGAGAUUGUGGUCAUAUGCGAGCCUAUUAUUAAAAUAGAAGUCUUUAAAUGAGCCAUGUCAAGGGUUGUUUGGCACCUCAAUAAUAAACCUUGACACACGGGUGAUGAGGUUGGCUAUCCACCCAGCCACAUAGUAGUAGAAAAACUAAUGGAAAAUCACCAUCAAUUUAUCGUUAAUUUCUUCUUUUACAGACAUAUCAAGACACGUGUGUUAUAUAUUGAAUCCUUGCAAACAUUAUAACCAAUGUAACAGUUAGUACUAACCAGAUAGUAACGCAUUUUCUUGUAAUAAUACUUUACAUGAAUUUAUGUCUUUUAACUUCUUGUGGCCGAGAUUUCCAGACACAAUUGUUACAAAAGAGUUUGGAUUUUAUAAGGACAUUCUGUCCGACUUUAUUGAAGAAUCAAGCUUUGAGAGUUGCCAAAGUGAAUGGCCCUUAGUUGUCUAAUGGUUAGUUGGUAAUUUGAAUACAUUAUUCUAUCAAUACGACAAUGUUAAAGAAACUUGCAACAAAAAUAACAUUUGCUUAUUACUAGGUACUAUUCCAUUAUCGCAAUGCUUAACAAAUAAACGCAUUUUGAUGUACGAGAAGGAAUGAGGGGCUUUGCAGGCUACGUUACUCAAAGACAAUAUAGAUGGCGCUGUACAGAGGGGUUAAAAAGCAAUUUGACAUUUGCGCACAUAAAAGUGAGUGCGCAAUGCACACUAACGUCAAAUAGCAAUAUUGCUUUAUUAGGUGAAUUGCCUCGAUGUGGCCUUUUUAACCAACCAGAUUUUUCUUCGUCUAACCUAUUAAUUUCAUGGAUAGCAGCUAUAUGAAUUUCUUAUCUUUGUUUUUUGGGUAUAAAUGAUAACCCUUUUCAUUACACCCAGGCACAAUUACAUCUUCCACCCAUUAUUAUUCUGAUCAAAACAAAGAGAAGCAAUAUAGGUAGCGACAUAAUUCUGUACAUGUGAUCUAAAUAUCUGCUCAUCAUCAUCAGCCCAUUAACGUCCCCACUGCUGGGGCACGGGCCUUCCCUAUGGGUGGAUAGGGAGAUCGGGCCUUAAACCAUCACGCGGGCCCAGUGCGGAUUAAUGGUUAUUAACGACUGCUAAUGCAGCCGGGACCAACGGCUUAACGUGCCUUCCGAAGCACGGAGUAGCUCGAGAUGAAAACUUUUUUUUUAUUUGUGGUCACCCAUCCUAUAACCGGCCGUCGCGAAAGUUGCUUAACUUCUACAAUCGCAGACCGAGCGCGUUUAUCGCUGCGCCACCGAGCUCCUCAACAUUGUAUUUUGGAAUAAUUAUGUACCCGAGUAAUGAGUAAAUAGGUAAUUAUCACGUUAAAGCUGUACAACGCCAUCUGUAUUGUUUUUGAUGAACGUAGCCUGGAAGAUCCCUCAUUGACAUUGAAUUUGUAGGUUUUGCUAAAUGGACCGACAAAAAACCGACAGAGGGAUUGUGUCCUCUAACAUGAUGGACUAAUGUUAUGGGCGAUAGGCUGAUCCCUUAUCACCAUAAGGUUCAUCAUAUCCAGCUUACGACAUCGUAUCAACAGUGGCUGCAAGUUGUCUUUGAUUACUUGUGGCUCUGCCCACCCCAUUAGGGAUUACGGGCGUGAGUUUAUGUAUGUAUGUAUGCUAAAUGGACUGUUAAAUAAAUAUUGUGAUAUAUUAAACGUGAGAUAUGUUUUGUGAUUUGUAAUUCUGUUUCGUCCAUUGGCUGUAACCCAGUCUAAUGUUAUAAAUUCGAAAGCAACUCUGUCUGUUGCCUCUUCACUCUUAAACCGCUGAAUCGAUUUAGAUGAAGUUUGAUAUGGACAUAGUUUGGGACAUAAAGAACGUAGGUUUUUACCCUGUAAAUCACACCGUAAGGGUAUGAAAAGGGGAUGGAAAAAAGCGCGUGAUAACCGGAGUCCGUGCAUAUAAAGUCGCGGGCGGAAUACUAGCAAUCUACAUUCUUUUGCACAAUGAUUUUUAAUUGCUAUUGUAAUUUAUUUAUUGACAAAAAUGACAGAAGUAUUUUUUUGGAUUGAUCCUUUUUUUUGGAAAAAGUAAAGGCGUUACUUGCUUUUGAAAAAAAUAAUUACAACACAAGUGUUUCGCAUAUUGAGUUAUUUUUUAAUACCAUAGGAAUGAGGGUUGCCAAUAUUUGUAGAAAAUUUAACAUCUUACUAAUUUUGUGUAUACACCUAGGUAGAAUGGCUAGGUAAAAUAUAUUUGGCUUUGCAUAGGUAUUUCCUCGAUCUUCUUUACAACACCAUCACUUUAAAAACUUCCAGCAUCUUAAAAGUUAGAAAUACACAAAAAUAUUUAUAUAAUGUUAUGUGGAUAUGACUUAGUGUUAAUAUACAUAUUUGUAUAUAGAACAAAGAUAAUUGAUCUAUAUGUAUACAGGCGGUUUAAAAUGGCAACAUCGAAGCAAUUCAUUUAAGAAAGCAAUAUUGCUAUUUGACAUUUGUUUGCAUUGCGCACUUACUUUUAUAUGCGCAAAUGUCAAAUUCCAAUAUUGCUUUCUUAGAUGAAUUGCUUCGAUGUGGCCAUUUUAAGCCCCCUGGUAUAAUAUAAUAUUCGUUACAAAGCAUAGACCUCUUAUAACAAAUAGACAACCUAUCUCUGUAAAAAGUGUCUCUCUCUCUCUCUCCUUGGCAUUUAUUAUUCCCAUCUGAUGGUGGGGUCUGCCUUCUUCGUACUUCUUUUCCACUUCGCUCUAUCGGACGUGUCGUUCUCGGAGACAUUGCACAUACACAGGUCCUUUUUGACCACAUCCGCCCAUCUUGUUUUUGGUCCGUCGUAUCUCUGUAAAAAGUGUCCGCGGUGUAUAUUGCUACAAGCGACGGCGUGUAACAGCACUGUACAACUGAUAUUGCACUUUAUUUGAACAGCAAUAACAUCUUCAACUGAGGGAAUGGGCUUAUACUGGUGCUAAUUCCCGUAAACACCAUCUAAUUUUAUUUUAAGUUAUAUCUGUCAUUUUCUUAUCCGCCAAAAAGGAAAGGGACGGGUAAUCGACAAGCAUAAAAUUUAUGGAACACAUGUCAAUUUUAAGCACAAAUUUAAAAAAAUUGCUUUGGCUAAUAACCCGACAGAAUUAAGUUGACAGCGCACGUCAAACGGUUUGUAUACCAGCGAGAUACCUUUUUAAAUCGCCCGGGUUAUUCAUUAAUUUACUCAUUCUUCCUAAAAUUAAGAGCUGACAAUCAUCUGUCUCUUUCUUUUGCGGCGGAUAAGAAAAUGACAGGUAUAACUUAAAGUGAAAUUAGGAGGUGUCUGUAGGAAUCGGGGCCACUAUCUAUAAUUUAAUGUAUACGUAUUUACAACAAGGUUCGGGCGCUUUUUUUAAAAAAACUCCUAAGUGUAUGUGAGUCUAUUUGUUUAUAAUAUGUCAGUGUUACGAAGAUUAUGACUAGCAAUUUUGUGUUCGUUUAGCAAAAGUGCAUCUGAAGGUUUAUUGUCUAGUAUUAAUACACAAUGUAUACGUAUGAAGGAAAGCCCUCUUAAGUAUCUAAUAUUAGACAUUAUUAGUUCAGUACAAUUAAGUUUAAAAUUUCGAUAAAGAUAAUAUUUUACAAUAGCUUAAAUGUGCGGUAUGAUUUAGAUCUGUCAAAGUACGCAAGCCAGUGUUGUGACGUUCAGCAUAGUGAUGUAUCAGUCGAGAAAAGACCGAUUGAUUCUGUUCUAUCUAAUACUACAUAAACAGCCUAUGUACAUGCUGGGCAGAGGCCUCUCCUCUAUCACCCGGAGGGGGUAUGGAGCAUCAUCAUCAUCAUCAUCCCAUUAACGUCUCCACUGCUGGAGCACGGGCCUUCCCUACGGAUGGAUAGGGAGAUCGGGCCUUAAAUCAUCACGCGGGCCCAGUGCGGAUUGAUGGUUAUUAACGACUGCUAAUGCAGCCGGGACCAACGGCUUAACGUGCCUUCCGAAGCACGGAGGAGCUCGAGAUGAAAACUUUAUGGAGCGUACUCCAUACUAAUCAUGCCAUCUAAUACUAACUAUCUAUAUAACUUAACUAUAUGCUACUAUAACGUCAUAAAUCGUCUGAAACAGACGUAUGAGGCCAAUGAUGAUGAUAUAACUUUACAUCCAUCUUUCUCAACACAUCAUAAAUAAAUAAAUAAAUCUGCAGUUCAUUCUUUUCCAAUAAGAUUGGCUAUAUAAGCCACAUGCGAGCACAUGAACGUCGGGAGUUGAAGCAGUCGCCGUAGCCGAAAUCGGCUGGAUCACAUCAUAUUUAGACAAUAAACCAUUAGAGAAGUUAAACUGUUGUUGAACAUUGUAAGAAUACUAUUGAGAUGUUGAUUCAGACGCGGCAGUGCCUGUUAAUGUUUAUUUUUAUAUUAUUAAAGUAUUUUGCACGAUGUAACGUACUGAAGUACCCAUCGCAUUUGAUUUUUCUCAAUUAAAUAUGGUUUACGAGUUGAUUAAGAUUGUUUGCUUAUGAAAGUCUUUAUUGUUAGGGCAGAACCCUACCAAAACUUUUGUUUUCUAAGGCUAUACCUAUAUUUUUCAAAAGGUAUAUUGUAAAAUCAGUUUCUUUGUCAAAGUGUAGUAAUAAUUUUAAUUAAUUUAUUGUAAUUUAAGACCUUUUUAUUAUGUGUAUAUCGAGGUGUUCUUGCAUCGAAUAAAUUUAAAGCCACGUUAUAUA